UUUCGGUGAUGUGUUUAUUUCGAUUUCUCAGACACGUCAAUUAUCUACCAUCUUACUUUUGUUCAUUACGUCCUAUGAAUUGAAUAGGAAUAAUCAUGGAAGCCUUUUAUAGUGUACAAUUUGAAUUUUUAGAAGUACCAAAUCUUAAACUUAAGAAGCCAUCAUGGUUAAAGGCUCCAUCUGCGAUGGUUGUUUUUGCUUUUGUCUUACUGUCUUACUUUAUGGUAACAGGAGGUAUUAUAUAUGAUGUUAUAAAUGAACCUCCCAGUAUUGGUUCAACAACAGAUGAACAUGGUAAUAGCAAACCUGUUGCUUUUAUGCCAUACAGAGUAAAUGGACAAUACAUUAUGGAAGGUUUAGCUGCUAGCUUCUUAUUUACUGCUGGAGGUUUAGGAUAUGUUAUUUUAGAUAAAGCCAAUGGACCUUCUUUGCCAAAGCUAAACAGAUUGUUGCUUUUGUUCUUUGGAUUUUUGUGUGUUGUUGUGCCAUUUUUUAUGUGUAGAUUAUUCAUGCGUAUGAAAUUACCCGGGUACCUGACUUCAUCUAGCUAAAAGAUUUGUUUAUGCAAUUAAUUAAAUUUGUAACUAUUUUAUAUUUAAAUUAAUUCGUUUUGGCA